UGCCCGCGCUCCACUUGAUCGCCGCCACGUGGCCCACAGCCAUUACCGCCACGUGGCAGGAUGGCUCAGAAUGCUCGAAGUGGAGUGGCGUGUCGUGCGAUAAGGAUGGGUUUGUCAGCACCAUUGACCUCAGCAACCGAGCUUUGGAAGGCUCUCUACCGUCCGCGCUCUUCACGCUCACGUCGCUUCAACAACUGUGCGUCU